AGAUCAGCAACACAUAUACGAAAUAAAUCGUAUCAUCUAUUUUCUUAUAUGUUAAAUACACAAAACCUAACUAUUAUAUGUAUACAAUUCACCGAUAGAAAAAGAAACAUAAUCAUGAUAAAAUAAUUGAGAGAGAUUAAAAUAAAAUAAGAUUCUGACUAAUCAUUGUUUUCCAGCUUUUGGUUUCCACUCUCUCCUGUUAUCAACUCUUCGCUUGUGGACCUUUCAAUCUCAGUUGCACCAUUUGGCUUCCAAAUGCCAUAAGCUUAGCCAAAAAAGUGAAGAAGAGAAAAAUAAUGACGAUACCUCAACUUUUCUUUCUCUUCUGUUACAUUGCUUCCUCUCUUGUUUCUUCUGAAACACUUCAAGAACAACAGAUCUUGUUGGCCAUUAAGUCAGACCUGUUUGAUCCUUCUAACAAUCUCAAAGAUUGGAAGAGACCUGAGAAUGCUACCGAGUCCGUUCAUUGUCGAUGGACCGGAGUUCACUGCGAUCUAAAUGGCUUUGUAGCUAAUCUUCUUCUCCCCAGCAUGAAUCUCAGUGGAAACAUCUCAGAUCAGAUUCAGAGAUUCCCUUCUCUGCAAGUCCUUGAUCUCAGCAACAAUGCAUUCGAGUGCCCUCUUCCUAAAUCUCUCUCUAACCUCACUUCCUUGAAAGUCUUCGACGUGAGUGUGAACAGCUUCUUUGGAACCUUCCCUUAUGGUCUAGGAAUGGCCAGUGGUCUUACACACGUCAACGCCUCGAGCAACAAUUUCUCCGGGUUUCUCCCUGAAGAUCUCGGCAACGCGACUAAGCUCGAGGUUUUGGACUUUCGUGGAGGCUACUUUGAAGGCUCCGUGCCUUCUUCUUUCAAGAGUCUCAAGAAGCUGAAGUUCCUCGGUCUUUCGGGGAAUAACUUGAGCGGGAAGCUACCGAAAGUGAUCGGUGAGCUCUCUUCCUUGGAGACAAUCAUUCUUGGCUACAACGGCUUCACAGGUGAGAUUCCAGAAGAGUUUGGGAAGCUGACAAACCUUCAGUACCUAGAUUUGGCUGUCGGGAACCUCACCGGCCCGAUUCCAUCUUCCUUGGGACAGCUGAAAGAGCUUACAACGGUUUAUCUCUACCAGAACCGUCUCAAUGGGAAGAUCCCUCGAGAACUCGGUAACAUCACUUCCCUGGUGUUUCUUGAUCUCUCUGAUAACCAGAUCACAGGAGACAUACCAACGGAAGUAGCUGAGUUGAAGAGUCUCCAGCUUCUGAAUCUGAUGAGGAAUCAACUCACGGGAACCAUUCCCUCGAAGAUCGCUGAGUUGCCACACCUCGAGGUUCUCGAGCUGUGGCAGAACUCUCUGGUGGGCUCCUUACCUCCGGAUCUCGGCAAGAGCUCGCCUUUGAAAUGGCUAGACGUCUCAUCAAACAAGCUAACGGGCGACAUCCCAUCCGGAUUGUGCUAUUACAGAAACCUCACCAAGCUCAUUCUCUUCAACAACUCGUUCUCAGGACAGAUUCCAGAGGACAUCUUCUCGUGUCCGACUUUGGUCCGUGUCCGAAUCCAGAAAAAUCUCAUCUCCGGGACAAUACCAGCUGGCUCGGGUGACUUACCAAUGCUUCAGCAUCUAGAGCUAGCUAAAAACAACCUCACCGGUCAAGUCCCAGAUGACAUUACAUCGUCCAAAUCUCUUUCAUUCAUAGACAUAUCCUUUAACCAUCUCUCAUCCCUACCUUACUCCAUUUUCUCAAGUCCUAACCUCCAAACGUUCAUCGCCUCACAUAACAGCUUCGCUGGAAACAUACCCAACCAGAUUCAGGAUCGUCCUUCUUUGUCCGUCCUCGAUCUCUCCUUCAACUGUUUCUCAGGCCAAAUCCCGGAGAGGAUCGCUUCCUUUGAGAAACUAGUGAGUCUAAACCUCAAGAGCAACGACUUGGUAGGAGAGAUCCCUCAGGCAUUAGCCGGGAUGCACAUGUUGGCUAUACUCGACCUCUCGCACAACUCUCUAACCGGGAACAUACCGCAGAGCUUGGGAGCCUCACCAACGCUGGAGAUGCUGAACGUGUCAUACAACAAACUCACAGGCCCCGUUCCUUCGAACGGCCUCUUCGCAGCCAUAAACCCAAACGACCUCGUGGGAAACGAUAACUUAUGCGGCGGAGUUCUACCUCCUUGCUCAAAGAGCCUAGCUUUGUCAGCAAACCCCGGGAGAAAUAGAAUCCACUUGCAUCACGCGAUCUUCGGGUUCAUAGUCGGAACAGCAGUAAUCUUGUCUCUCGGAAUGAUCUUCUUGGCAGGGAGAUGGGUAUACAGAAGAUGGGAUCUUUACAGCAACUUCGCCAGAGAGUACCUCUUCUGCAAACAGCCUCAAGAGGAAUGGCCGUGGAGACUCGUGGCCUUCCAGAGACUAUGCUUCACAGCGGGAGACAUCUUAUCACACAUCAAAGAAGCAAACAUAAUCGGAAUGGGAGCCAUGGGGAUAGUCUACAAAGCAGAAGUCAUGAGACGUCCGUUACUAACAGUAGCGGUUAAAAAACUUUGGAGGUCACCAUCACCAGACAUCGAAGACCACCAUCAUCAUAAUAUUCAAGACGAAGACAACGAGGACAUACUCAAAGAAGUAAACCUCCUAGGUAACCUUAGACACCGCAACAUUGUUAAAAUCCUCGGCUACAUUCACAACGAGAGAGAAGUGAUGAUGGUAUACGAGUUCAUGCCCAACGGCAACUUAGGCACAGCGUUACAUUCGAAAGACGAUAACAAAUUCUUGUUAAGAGAUUGGCUAUCUCGUUACAACGUGGCCGUUGGAGUCGUUCAGGGACUCAACUACUUGCACAACGACUGCUACCCACCGAUCAUCCACAGAGACAUUAAAUCGAACAACAUAUUGCUGGAUUCGAGCCUCGAGGCGAGGAUAGCCGACUUCGGAUUGGCGAAGAUGAUGCUGCACAAGAACGAGACGGUCUCCAUGGUGGCGGGAUCGUACGGGUACAUAGCUCCAGAGUACGGUUACGCGCUGAAGAUUGAUGAGAAGAGUGAUAUAUACAGUCUCGGCGUGGUGAUGCUCGAGCUGGUGACUGGGAAGAUGCCGAUAGAUCCUUCGUUCGAGGAGUCGAUCGAUGUUGUUGAGUGGAUCAGGAGGAAGGUGAAGAGAGGGGAGGGGUUGGAGGAGGUGCUUGAUCCGAGUGUUGCUGGAGAGUGUAGGCAUGUGAUUGAGGAGAUGCUUUUGGCGCUGAGGAUCGCGCUUCUGUGUACCGCGAAGCUUCCGAAGGAUAGGCCGUCGAUUAGGGAUGUGAUGACGAUGCUCGCGGAGGCGAAACCGCGGCGGAAGAGUGCGAGUCACGGUGGGGAUCUGCCGGUUUUUAGAAACUCGCCGGUGGUGGGGUUGAUUUAGGAAGACGGAGGCGGGAAGGGUAGUUUUGUCAUUUCGAGGCCGUCGAGUCCAUUGUAUUUGAUUGCUUCUUUUGUUUUACUGGACCGAGGCCACAUGUUUUGGAAACUGAUGGGCUCGUUGAACCCAAUGUGACAUCAUUCGAAUUGUAUUUACCGAGGCAAAUCAAAUUUUAAUAAACU